AUGUCGAAUUUGCCCCAAUCACUGUCUAUGGGUGCGGCCUUUGGCGGCGGGGGUGCUCCGCCGCCAACUCCGAGUGGGGCCGGGGCACAGGGCUCUGGUGCUGGAAAGGAUCGGAAGAUGGCAUCGGCGGAGCAACUCGUACUGGAACUCAGCAACCCUGAACUCCGUGAAAAUGCUCUUCUGGAACUCUCCAAGAAGAGGGAGCUAUUUCAAGAUCUUGCUCCUCUGUUAUGGAAUUCUUUCGGUACUAUUGCUGCACUUUUGCAGGAAAUAGUUUCAAUAUACCCUGUUCUUUCACCACCAAAUCUUACUCCUGCACAAUCAAAUCGAGUGUGUAAUGCUCUUGCUCUUCUUCAGUGUGUAGCAUCUCACCCUGAUACAAGGAUGCUAUUCCUCAAUGCUCAUAUACCUUUGUAUCUGUAUCCCUUCCUUAAUACGACAAGCAAAUCGAGACCAUUUGAGUACUUAAGGCUUACCAGUCUUGGUGUCAUUGGUGCAUUGGUGAAGGUUGAUGAUACAGAAGUUAUAAGCUUCCUUCUUUCAACGGAAAUAAUUCCUCUGUGCUUGCGCACCAUGGAAAUGGGCAGUGAGCUAUCCAAAACAGUUGAGUUUACUGAUUCUUUACUUAAACUUAU